UUGUUGCUCAUCUUUCAAUAUCCAUACAUUUUCUUCAUUAAAGUACCUACUAUAUAUCUAAGUAGACGUAAAAUACUAUUAAAUUUAAUAACACAUAAUCUGAAAACUAAAAUUGUCCUAAUGCAUAAAAAGUACGUUAUAAUAUCAGAUGACAUAAAAAUAUAUACAUCAGGUUCAAUAUUUAUAUCACGAAUAAAUGUUCUACACAAAAAUAAAUUGGGAGCGCUUCGCUGCAGUGUGAAUAAACUUAAUGUAACACGCUGAACAUAAUAUGCAAUACACAACUAAGCUGUGCGAUACAUAUUCAUAUAGAUAUCAUGAAUUUGUUUCCUUGGCAAAUUGUAUCCUUUUCACCGUAUACUUAAUAAAAUAUUGUAUUAAAUAUGGAUUUUUCCGUUAUUUAUACUAAUCGCGUGCGGGAUAAAUCAUAGAAGUUGUCUAAAAAGAAAAAUAUAAGAAAAUAUUAAGAAUAAAAUUGUUUAUCAUGAUUGGCUAAAUAAAAAAAAGUGAAACCAUGAAUACGUGUUUAUUUGCCUAUAAAGGUUGGUUAUUGAUAUUUUAAAUUCAUUAUACCAGUGUCUUCCGUGUGAAAGACAGUCAAUUGUAAUACAAGUAGUAUUCUUUGUUCUCAUUGUUUAAACGUUAAAUCCUAUCUUAACGGCAACAUAUAUCAGGACAACGUACGGUUUGUUUCCUCACGAAGAAAAGCCAGAAAAUAUUGAAAAAUAUUCGUAAAAGCUUUGGGAUUUACAAGAAGUAUACUAUAAUGGACAGAGUUAAGGCAGAAUGUUACCAGAACAACUUAAGACGCACAGGCCCAUCAGUUCGAUCCACUAAUCGAAAGUUUAAUGACGACCAGCAUUUAGGGUCGUCAGAAAACCACCAUUCGAGCGGAGGAAACAACAAAGCACGGUCAAAACGACCUAUUGGCAGACAAUCCCAGCCCGGUAGUGGUGAUACUACCAGACCAUUGCCUUGUCCGCAGUCCUUGUGGCGUGGCGAGCCGAACAGAGUCCUAAUCGUUUACGGAUUGGAAAGAAUGAACGUCAAUUGCGAUAAGGUUUUUAAUUUGUUUUGUAUUUACGGAAAUGUUACAGCAGUGAAGAUUUUGAACGGAAACCAAGUACUCGUCGAACUGCAGGACGUCGAGGCUGCUAAGAGAUGUGUGUCCAAGUUGAACUUGAUUCGGUUGGAUAAAACUACAAAUCUAAAAGUCAAGUAUUCGAAACAUUCCUAUAUUAAUGAUCAUGGAACGUCGAGAACCUUAUCAGACGGUACGCCAGCUAAGAAAAUUUACCUGAAAAGCAAGUUCAACCGAUUUGUUGAAAAAGAGAUGAAAUACGCAGAUCAACGACGUCUCGCGACCCCGUCAAAAAUUUUACAUUUUUAUAAUGCACCGUUGGAUAUUUGCGCCAAAAAGAUGCAUAAAGUGGUGACGGACGCCCUUGGUUCCAUGGACGCAAUAAGAUCCAUAACCAUUUUGCCUAAGAAACGUCCAGAUGCCAAAUGUUCAACUGGCCUGAUUGAAAUGAAAAGCAACGAAUUGGCGGUAAAAACGAUUCUCUUGUUGAAUCACAUGCCAUUUGAAUCGUCAAAGUCCAGAUUCCCAUUUCUGACGAAACUGAGUUUCUCGAAAUGGUCUGAUAUCCGGCAGCAGUCAACAGGCUCGUCCAAACUGCUACUGAGCAUUGCGCCCUGCAUUCGGAGGUCGUUUCAUAAUUCCGAACAUGCGUCGCCCACGGUGGAGUUGGCGGUCGCGCGUACAACCCAGCAGACAACCAGUCCCGGUGGAAUCUCGUGGACUUUGUGGGAAAUAAGAGAUGUUGUGACGGAGGCCAUAGACCGCGGCACAGGAAAUCUCGUACGACCAACGGAAACGUUUCAGGACCAGUUGCGCGUGACGCACUGCGAUAACCUCGCAACAUAGUUGUAAACUUUGCUUUCUGUUGGAAGAUUUUACAUUCGCCUCGUUCGGGCUUUAUUUAAAUAAUAUUCCAUUAAGAACACUCCAUCAACUCCGUGUAAAAAAAAAAAAAAAAA